AUGGCCGCGGCCGAGCUGACGGAGCUGGAGGCGGCCAUUGAGAAGAUCGUCACCGUCUUCGUCAGCCACGCAGGGCAGGAGGGCAGGAAGGGGGCGCUGACGGCCGGCGAGUUCAAGCAGCUGGUCCAGCUCCAGCUGCCCCAUUUGAUGAAGGACGUGUCCCUGGAGGAGAAGACGCCCGUGAACCGUGACGAGGAGCUGAAAUUUGGGGAGUACUGGCGGCUGAUCGGGGAGCUGGCCAAGGCCAUGCGGAGGGAGAAAGCGGGGAAGAAGAAGUGA